GCCGCUGACGGCAGCCGCCUCUCGGCGCUGCUCAAGAGGAUGCACUUGUUCCGGAGCUCCAGCUACGAGAUCCGGCUGGAGGGCGAGGCGGGCAGCCUGCCCCGCAUCCAGGGCAUCCGCUGGACCCCACUUUUGGACGGCGAAUCGGCCUUGGACUAUGGACACAGCCUCACCCAGGCCUCCUCGGAGAAGAUCUGGCGAGCUGGCAAGCUGCUCUUCAGCCACCUCGCGCUCACCUGCCCUGGCCUCAUCCGGGACCACAAGCAUCACCUGCGGCACCACAGGCGGUGCUGCUCGGGGAAGGAGCUGGUGGACUGGCUGCUGGGCGCGGGGCUGAGCGUGGCAACGCGGAGCCAGGCGGUCGGCGUGUGCCAGGUGCUGCUGGACGGAGGCGUCCUCACGCACGUGAAGCAGGAGUGGCCCUUCCAGGACAAGGACGCCCAGCUGUACCGCGUGGCCGAGCUGGAGCGGAGCGGCGAGGCCGGCGGCGGCGCGCGGGACACCGAGGAGCUGCUCGAGGCGCUCGCCUACCUGGCCCAGCUGGGCCCCGACGCGCUGCUCGCCGUGGCCCUGCGCAAGCCGCCGACGCAGCGCACGGAGGAUGAGCUGGAGCUCAUAUUUGAGGAGCUCCUGCACAUAAAGGCCGUGGCCCAUCUCUCCAACUCGGUGAAGCGGGAGCUGGCGUCCGUGCUGAUGUUCGAGUCCCACCAGAGGGCUGGCACCGUGCUGUUCAGCCAAGGAGAUAAAGGCACGUCGUGGUACAUCAUCUGGAAGGGCUCGGUGAACGUGGUCACUCAUGGCAAGGGCUUGGUGGCCACCCUGCACGAGGGAGACGAUUUUGGGCAGCUGGCCCUGGUGAACGACGCGCCCCGUGCAGCCACCAUCAUCCUGCGGGAGGACAACUGCCACUUCCUCCGUGUGGACAAGCAGGACUUCAACCGCAUCCUCAAGGAUGUGGAGGCCAACACCAUGCGUCUGAAGGAGCACGGCAAGGUGGUGCUCGUCCUGCAGAAGAACCUGCAGGGUGGCAGCAGCCAGUCGGCCACAGUGAGGAGCAGCAGGUACUCGGUGAUGGCUGGGACGCCCGAGAAGAUCCUCGAGCAUCUGCUGGAGUUCAUGAGGCUCGACGCCACACUCUAUGACCCUGCGGACACCCUGCUGGGAGAUUUCCUGCUCACCUACACCGUGUUCAUGCCGACGUCGCAGCUCUGCAGAGCCUUGCUGCACCAUUUCCGCGCGGAGCUGCUGGAGGGCUCGGAGCAGGAGAAGGCCGCCUACUCCCUGCACAAGCGCCGCAAGAUCCUGCGCCUGGUGAGCCAGUGGGUGCUGCUCUACGGGCGCCUGCUGCAGGGCGACCGCAGCACCACGGCCUUGCUGCAGAACCUCGCGGACCUGGCGAGCCAGGACCCUCGCCUGGGCGGGAUGGGCCAGGAGCACGCGCAGGAGCGCCGGCGGCCCAGACCGCUGGAGAACGGAGGCGGCAGCGUUUCUCCCCAGCCUAAGGCUCGAAGCUCCGUGAACUGGUUUUCAGGCCAGGAAGAGGCAAUUUUGAACAGCAGCUGUGCCUUAAGAGCUCAGGACAAAGUGCCCUACGAAAUCUACAGACCCGACCACUCGUGCCUCAUCACGGUGCUGCCCGUGAACGCCUCGGUGCGGGACAUCCUCUGCGCGCUGCGCCCCAAGCUCGGCCGGGACGGCGAGCUCCUCCUGGUGAAGGUCAACUCAGCUGGAGACAAAGUGGGGCUGCAGAUGGAUGCUGUGGGGGUGUUCACCUCGCUGGGGCUCAACGAGAGGCUCUUUGCCGUGAGCGUGGAGGAGCUGCGCGGCCUGAUCCCCCAUCCCGAGCAGCUGGGGCCCAGCACCGGCUCCUCCGAAACCCUGGACCUCAUCAGCUCCAAGGACCUGGCCAGCCACCUCACGGACUAUGACUGGAACCUCUUCAAGAGCAUCCACCAGGUGGAGAUGAUCCACUACAUCGUGAGGCCGCAGAAGUUCCACGACGUGACCACGGCCAACCUGGAGCGCGUCAUGCGCCGCUUCAACGAGCUGCAGUACUGGGUGGCCACGGAGCUGUGCCUGUGCGCCGAGGUGGGCCGGCGAGCCCAGCUCCUCCGCAAGUUCAUCAAGCUGGCUGCACACCUCAAGGAGCAGAAGAACCUGAAUUCCUUCUUCGCGGUGAUGUUUGGUGUGAGCAACACGGCCGUGAGCCGCCUCGCCAAGACCUGGGAGAGGCUGCCCCACAAGAUCCGGAAGCUGCACUCGGCGCUGGAGCGGAUGCUGGACCCCUCGUGGAACCACAGGGUCUACCGUCUGGCCGUGGCCAAGCUGAGCCCCCCCAUCAUCCCCUUCGUGCCCCUUCUCCUCAAAGAUAUGACGUUCAUCCAUGAAGGCAACCGCACCUUGGCUGAGAAUCUCAUCAACUUUGAGAAGAUGCACAUGAUGGCUAAGACCGUGCGUGUCCUGCAGCGCUGCCGGGGACAGGCGCAUGCUCCACUGUCCCCGCUGCGGAGUCGCUCCCCGCACCGCCUGGAGGACCCCAAGGCCAUGAGGAUCUCCACGUGUACGGCUUGAGCUUGCGGAGCCGCUCUGAACCCUUAGCCCCCAUCCAGGGUCUUCGCGGGGCCUGACGAGCCUGGCACAGGGGGACACG